CAGGUGUGGUGACAGCCAGGUGACCGGAAGCAGUGGUGAGGGGCGGGUGUCAACGGGUCUGUUGCUGCUUUUUGGUCUUCUAUCAUGGAGAGACCUCCUGUGCAGCAGGGGGUCGUGUGCGGUCCAUGGGACAUGAAGGACCGGCUUGGCACCGGAGGCUUUGGGAACGUGUGUCUUUACCAAAACAGGGAGACUGGAGAACUGAUAGCCAUCAAGUCAUGCCGCCUGGAGCUGAGUGUAAAGAACAAGGACAGAUGGUGUCAGGAGAUUCAGAUAAUGAAAAGGUUAAAUCAUCCUAAUGUUGUGAAAGCAUACCAGGUGCCACCAGAGAUGGAUUUCAUGGUGAAUGCUGUUCCACAUUUGGCAAUGGAGUAUUGCUCUGGAGGAGACCUACGUAAGCUUUUGAACAAGCCAGAAAAUUGCUGUGGGUUAAAAGAAAGUCAAGUUCUGAAUAUAUUAAGUGACAUAGGUUCUGGAAUUCAGUAUCUACACGAGAAUCGAAUCAUACACAGAGACUUGAAGCCAGAAAAUAUUGUGCUGCAAGACUGUAAUGGGAAGACUGUACACAAAAUUAUAGACUUGGGAUAUGCCAAGGACCUUGAUCAGGGAAGCUUAUGUACAUCAUUUGUAGGAACCCUGCAAUACCUGGCUCCAGAGCUGUUUGAAAACAAGCCGUACACCUCAACUGUGGAUUACUGGAGUUUUGGUACCAUGGUUUUCGAGUGCAUAUCUGGCUUCAGACCAUUCCUACAUAACAUGCAGCCGUUCACCUGGCAUGAGAAAAUUAAAAAGAAGGAUCCUAAGCACAUAUAUGCUUAUGAGGAGAUGUCAGGGGAAAUUCGAUUCAGCACACAUUUGCCACAGCCCAAUAACCUGUGCAGCAUCAUGGUAGACCAGUUGGAGACAUGGUUACAGUUCGUACUAAACUGGGACCCCCAGCAACGUGGUGGAGGGAUAGAUCACCACACUGGUCGUCCACGGUGCUUUGUGUUGAUGGAUCAUAUUCUGAAUCUGAAGAUUGUGCACAUUCUGAACAUGACUUCUGCUAAGAUCCUGUCCUUCCUCCUGCAACCUGAGGAAAGCCUGCACUCCCUGCAAUCUCGCGUUGAAAGAGAGACUGGAAUCGGCACCUGCAACCAAGAACUGCUGCUAGAAAUGGGGGUGUCCCUUGAUCCCAGAAAGCCUGCCUCCCAAUGUGUGAUCGAUGGAGUGAGAGGUUGGGACAGUUACAUGGUGUAUUUGUUUGAUAAAAGCAAGGCCACUUAUGAAGGACCCUUUCAGCCAAGAAACCUUUCUGAAUGUGUUAAUUACAUUGUGCAGGAUAGCAAAGCCCAGCUUUCCAUACUGCAGCUGCGUAAGGUGUGGGCCGAAGCUGUGCAUUAUGUCUCUGGCCUUAAGGAGGACUACAUCCGGCUUUUUCAGGGCCAAAGAGCUGCCAUGCUUAGUCUACUGCGCUACAAUACCAACCUCACAAAGAUGAAAAAUACAAUGGUAUCCGCCUCUCAGCAACUUGACGCGAAGCUGCAGUUCUUUAAAAAAAGCAUAGAGAUCGACCUAGAACGCUACAGCGACCAGAUGGCCUAUGGAAUCUCUUCUGAGAAGAUGCUGAGAGCCUGGAAGGAGAAGGAGGAUCGAGCAGUAGACUGUGCAAAGGCCGGGCAGAUUUCCUUUCUGGACGAACAGAUUAUGGGACUCCACAGCGAGAUUGUUGAACUGCAGAGGAGUCCAUUUGCUCGUAGACAAGGAGAUGUCAUGGAGCACCUGGAGCAGAAGGCCAUAGAACUGUACAAGCAGUUGAAGCCACGCUCUCCAGAUAAUGCCUACAGUGAUAGUACGGAGAUGGUGAAAACAAUUGUGCUGACUGUGCAAGGACAGGAUAAAGUUCUCAGAGAGCUGUUUGGUCACUUAAGCCGGCUCCUAGGCUGCAAGCAGAAAAUAAUUGACCUAUUACCCCGAAUUGAGAUGACUGUGAAUAAUAUAAAGGAAGCUGACAGCACGCUCAUGCAGAUGCAGGCCAAACGGCAGAGAGAGAUCUGGCACCUUUUGAAAAUUGCAUGUAACUCUGCACGCUCAUUGGGAUCCACCAAUUUAGAAAACACAAGUACACCUCAAACAUCAGGCUGGUCCGAUCCAAAUUCUCCACAGGCUCUCUCCUCCAUGCUGAUCCCAAAGGACAAGAGCAGAGAGACCUUUAAGCACACUAUAGAGGAUAACCUGUUUUACCAAAAGCAGCUGAGUACUGUGAUUAUUGAGAGCACGAUGGAACAGCAAAGAAGUAUAGUGAACUUGGAUUGGAGCUGGCUGCAACAGUGAUGACUGAAGAUGAAGGCAUGGUUUCUUGUUCCUCUCAAUAUUACAGCAUAUUCCUUUGUUAAAAGCAAGUAAUGUUGGCCUUGCUUAUAUCCCCCUCUAUAUUCUCCCAUCAAUCUUUUCUCUACCACUCGCAUGUGAGCAUGGGUCGAGAAAAGAUCAUAAUAUGCCCUAUUCACACAGAUAUAACAUAUUGGGGGGUAUCCAGUUAGUCGCGAUAAAGCUAUCCGUGAUCACGACUAAGGUUAUCGCACUGAUCUUCUGAAAAAUCAGCUUAUCGCAGCCUGUGCGCUCCCGUUUAUCGCACCUAUCCUAUUCCAAAAUGGCAAUAACUGGAUUUGUGAGAUAAUUCUAGCCGGCAAGAUAAGUAUAGGAGAAAAUGGAGAUAUCUGCCUGUACCCCCAAAAAAGCCAAAUUAAUAUAGGAACCCAUUAUAGAAGUCUAUUAGUGGCCAUAAAAAAUAUUUAGUGUCAUUAAAUGGGGGCUGUUAUAUGCAUUUUUGUAAAAAUGUGAAAAAAAAUGAUAGAACUACGGCAUCGAGGCUAAUUGGAUACCCCCUUUAUGUUUUAAGUUAGCACCACUGACAUGUUAAACGUUUUGUAAGGAAAUGAGAAUUGAUGAAAGGUCAUGCCCUCAAUUUUUCCGUAAGUGUGAGAUUCUAUUUUCUAGGGGGUGUAGUAUGUUAUACCGGCGCUUGGGAUACCGGCGCCCAGCAUACCGCUGCCGGGAUCCCGACCGCCGGCAUACAGGCAGUGGGGUGAGUGCAAAAGAGCCCCUUGCGGGAUCGCUGUGCUUUCCACGCUGCAUGUAUGGUGGCGCACUACGCUAUUUACUCUCCCUCCAGGGUGUCGUGGACACCCCAAGUGGGAGAAUAGUUGUCAGUAUGCCGGCUGUUGGGAUUCCGGCGUCAGUAUGGUGAGCGCCGGGAUCCUAACGGCCGGCAUAUCAAAUGCCUCCCUUUGCUAGGUGUAACUCCAGUUUUAGUGUUUCAAUUUUAUGGAAGGUUGUUCUUACUAGUGCAAUACUCAUAUUUCCUCUAAGAGGAAACAGAAGUCCACAAAUGUAACAUUGUUUUGUUUUUUUAAUUAAAUUCAUAUCUUUA